AUGCGCCGGCUGACGCCUCUACUCAACGGCAUAGAGCACUACUCGAAGGUCAUGGAAAUUCUUUGUAAUGGAACGCCUUUUCUGUCUUGGGUUUGGGCACCUGUCACUCUCAUCCUGCGGAUUGCCUGCGAGUACGUCGAGGCGUUUGAGCACAUCAUGAAGGGGUACUCGCGCAUUGCCUCCUUCAUGACGAGGUUCGAGCUUCUCAGCAAGGCAUAUGCCAGCGACCAUGGCUUCCAGCAAUCAUUGGCGGCAUUUUACGACGACAUAUUGCAAUUUCAUACCCAUGCUUACAAGUUUGUUCGUCGCAACGGCUGGAAGCUCCUGUUCGUCACUUCGUGGGGCCGGUUGCAGAGGAGAUUCGACAACAUCCUCGGAGACAUGGAAAAACAUGGCGACUUGAUCGACAAAGAUACCAAUGCUCUGAACAUAGUCGAGUCUCGACAAAUGCGCCAAGAUAUCCGUCAAUGGAGAGAAGAGAGCCUGGAGAACCUCAGCAACCAAGAAGCAGAGCAAUCUGCCAAGCAGUACCAGUCCAUCACAUCAUGGCUCAAGUAUGACGAGUCUGAUCAACUGGCAAUAUUUGAUUCAAUCUCAGCAGAGGCGAGAAAAUACCCUGGGACCUGUUCAUGGUUCAUUCAGUCUUCUAGGGUGAGGGCAUGGCUCCAGCGCAAAGCAGACACUCCGUCGCUCUGGUUGCAAGGCAUUCCUGGGUCCGGCAAGUCCUUCAUAUGCGCGGAACUCAUCAACUUCAUGAAGGCUGACAAGAGGUUCGUUCUUUACCAUUUUUGUUCCGAUUCUUAUGCUUCAUCGACAAUGUACGAGCAAAUUCUUCGGUCAUUGCUUCUGCAGCUUGUUCAGAAAAACAGCGACUCAGUCGCGCACGUCUACGACAAGUACAUUCUGGGCAAGAGAGCUCCUACCGUCCCCGCCCUCGAACACCUGCUACAAGACCUUAUCAAGGUCAAUUGUGGUGAGCCAGGUCAGACAGAGUACAUUUGGGUGGUGCUUGAUGGCCUUGGUGAGUGCCAGCCCGGAAAGCAAGCUCGCGUGGCAACUCUGAUGAAAAGCAUCACGUCGAGCUCGUCCUCGUCUGCAAGUGGUGGCACCAUUUGCAAAGCCCUCAUAUCCUGCCAAGCUUCAAUAGCGAUUUCAACCCAUCUCAGAAACGAUCAGAAACUAUCUCUCACCAACGAGAAAGUCAACAUGGAGAAAGCAAUCCGGAAGUAUGCAUCGCACAGGCUGCAGUCCCUUUGCCGAAGGUUCACGCAGCUUGGCCUGACUCGAGACGAAAUCGAAGAUAUCGAGUGUAGCAUUGCUAAGAAAGCUGACGCACUAUUUGCAAAGUCCGAUUACUCAUAG